AGUAACACUUGUUCCUUGAGACAAAGGUGGUCGUGAAAUAUAGUCGAGCGGGUAAAACGAGCGUUGCGAACGACAUGAGGAAAUUGCUUUAAAAGCGAACGAACGCGUGUACAUAGUGUGCCUUCAGCCAGCAUAAACAAACAAAGCCAAAGACCAGAUAAGCAGGAGGGAACAGAGAGACGAAGGGUCAUACUGACUGAGUAGCGGACAGACAGACAGACAGACAUCGGUAUCGGCCACAGUAUAUGGUGUAGUGUUUAUUUUCAGAUUUUUCAGAAAAUCUGAUUCAAACAGCAUCACAAGAAUUUUGAAAAAAUUUUCUCUGGUAGGAUUCCGUGACUGGAAAGGUUGAAGGAAACUGCCGUAAAGAUGAAAAUGUCAUUCUCAAUUCCUGUCUGGAAAUAUGCUCUGCUAACCUUGAGCAUUGUAAUUUCGAUGCUGUGCGUGGUACUGAUAUCGGUCGGUGUCAUUACUCUCGGCGGUGCCGGCUCUCCAUUGGGUGCCUACACCGCCAGUCUCUUGGGUUGUCUAGUUUUCUCUCUCUGUACAGUGGGAUCUUUUGCAGCUCUGAGAGAAUCGCAUUUGCUGUCUAUGGUGUUUGCGGGACUUGGCGUCUUUACUAUUGUCUGUGAGACCAUUUUCAUGAUUGCCUUUGCUGUGAUGAAAGAAGAUUUCAUGGAAAUGACAAAACAACGUGUCGAAGACACCUGGCAACAGGAGUUGGUUAAACCGGGUGCUAUGCUAGAUGUACAAAUACAAUACGAAUGCUGUGGCUUAAAUGGUCAACAGGACUACCUAGAAAAGGGUGAUAAACUGCCUUCCAGUUGCUGUUAUUUGGGCGACUGUUCCGAUAGUGAUAAUAUAUUUCCUAAAGGCUGUGAAGUUAUGUCAAUCAAAUUCAUUGACUCCCAGAGUGACAAUUUAAUUUUAUCCUUAGUUGGCUUGGUGGCCUUUGAGGCACUUGGCAUAAUAUCGGCAUACUAUUUGGCGAAGGCUGUCCAGGCUCGGGGCGUUAAAUCGGAACAAGCUGUUUUGGAAUAAACUUUGUUAUAGCGAUUACGAAUCUUGUUGAAACUUAAAAUUGUUAUCAUAAUUUUUACACUUAGAAGAGAAAAUUGUCUCAUUGUAAGAGACCCGUAGUUUCCAAGGUUUAUUGAUUCAAUUCUUAAUUACGUUUCAAAGUUUAUAAAUACAAUUUUUUAAUACUACUAUUAAAAA